UCGAAUACGCAUUAACGGUGCUGUCCUGCGGAACGUUUCUCGCGCGCUUCCGCCGGAUGCUGCCACAGCGCAGUCGAUCCCAAGCACCCGCGCAGCAAGUGCACGCGCUCGUACGUGUCCGUAUUGCUGUUGGUUUUUGACGAGAACGGAUUUCAGCCGCGAAAACCCACCCUUCGGCGUUGAACAGUUGAAGUGUCUGCUGGACGAGAGGUCAUCCGCGUCACAUUCGUUCGAUCGACGACCACCGGCCAGGACGAGGGUGACGGCUACGGGGACACCAUGCAAUACGCGUAAUAGAAGUAUAAUUUGCGGACGGGGAAAGGAGGGGGAAAAAAAAUCUAGCAAUUAAAAGAAAUAGGAAAAAAAAAAAACACAAUCAAACGAUUUUUACACGCGAAACGUUUCGUUCAAAUCGCAGUGGCUCCGACGCCAUUGUUUGACGCGGUUCGGCAAACGAUUUUUCGCCGAUUCACAUGACAUCAGCUCCUGAGGCACAGGUAGCGGAUCACCCCGAAUAAUACGCAGCAUUCAGUGCACAGCUAUUGUCGGUCGUCAGUCAUUAACCUCGUGCACAUCCCGGCGACAACUAGUAGUCAACGUAGUCUGUCAGCUCCGUUCGUAGCCGUCCACCACGGUCGGUAUCAUGCACCCGUCGGCUUCGUUUCUGCCGCCGCUGUGUCUCGUCCUGUAUCUGACCGGAAACGUCCUGGCAGCCGCGGAUCAAUCCGAUCUCGGCCCGGCGUCCGACGAGAACUCCACGUUGACCACCAACCCGCAGGAUAACUCGACGACGGCGGCGGUGCGGUGCGCGAACAACUACACGAUGACGUGCGUCAAGAGGGACGUGCUGGUGUUCUUGGACGCGUUGGACGCGGAACGGAGCUACGAGAUCUAUCCGGGUUUCACGAUUUACCAGCGGCGUUCGUCCGGCGGCGACGGCGCGGCGCCGUCCAACGAGUCGUUGGACGCGGCCAACUCGACGCGGCUGGACCAGCUGAUCACCAAACGGCUGAACGAUUACGUGGACAGCAUCGAUCUGCGCGUGAAGCUGCUCAACCCGAUCGACACGACGGCCCGGUCGGUGAGCAACACCGUGCUCGAGCGGAUACUGCCGUUCCUCCGGAUGAGUAGAAAAAAGAAGGACCACCACGGCAUGUACUGGGCUGCGGGCACGAUGGCCGCGGUGGGCGCGAGCGCGCUUAUGGCGCUGUCGAGCAAGGCGCUGGUGACGGCCGGCGUGGCGCUGGCCAUGGCCAUCUACAACUGCAUGAAGGGUGGCGGGGGUGGUGGUAAGGGAGGCGGCAACCACCUGACGGCCACGCUGAUGGAGGAGAGUGCGGUGGUGCCGCACCGGCAGUGCGCCGAAGCCGUGGUCGACAUAUCCGGCGUUCACGCGUACCCGGCGGACGUGGAACGAUACCCUGGGUCCCGGAAGACGGUGGACAUCGUGUCGCCCGCCAUGCCGGUAUACCGGAUUCACCAGACGUCGGAAGACUACUCGUCGUACAACCCGCCCCAGUCUCAGUCCGGACAGUACACUUAGCCGCAUACCGGUCCUAUACGUUCAUCGCUGCAGUUUCCAGUUCCGUCCUCACAGUUAUCUUUCUCCCUCAAUCCCUCACUCCAUCUUUCUCUCUACGAACGCGCGGGGCUGCGAAUAAUUCGACGGUCCGCUAGAAAUCCUGUUCAAUAUACUUCUAUACACGUUCAAAAUAUGAUCACCAUACUCGAAAUCACAAUGUUUGCAAGUGAAAGAAUGAACACUAAAAGUGCGCAUUGUUUUUCUAAAAAAAAAUUAAAUCGAUUUCGAAUUCGUAAGAUAUUUGAAAUAAGAGUUCAUUUAACUUAAUGGUAUGUAACAAAAAAAUAAAAUCUUACAGCUGGUGUUUUUUUUAACGUUGUUUAAAAAUCAAAAUCCA